AUGGUGAAAAUAGACUCGAAUAAAUUCCGAUAUUUGAGCAAUGAUGAUUUUCGUGUGCUCACGGCCAUUGAGAUGGGUAUGAAGAACCAUGAAUUGGUUCCAACUCCAUUGAUUGAGAGAAUUGCUGGACUUAGACACGGAGGUACUCAAAAAGUGCUCUCACAUUUAUUGAAAUAUAAAUUGGUUCAUCACGAUGCAAAGAAUUAUGAUGGUUAUCAUUUAACAUAUCCCGGAUAUGAUUUUUUGAGUUUAAAGACGUUUAUGAAGAGAGGACAUGUGAUCGGAUUUGGUAGGCAAAUAGGUGUUGGUAAAGAAUCGGAUAUUUACUUGUUGCUAUCGCCUGUGAAGGAAGGAGAAGAGGAAGAAACAAAAGAUGAAGAGGAUGGAGAAGAGAAUAUUGUUCUUGAAAAGACUACAGAAGAGAUUGAACAAUUUGAUGAGGAUGACGAAGAGGAUGAGGAGGAUGAGGAUGAAAAAGAAGAUGAAUUUGAUGGCUAUGACUUGGAACAUAAAGCCAAACAAAUUGUUAUUAAAUUUCACAGAUUGGGAAGGUCUUCGUUUAGAGCAGUGAAAAACACAAGAGAUUAUUUAGGAAAGAGAAGCAAAACUACUAAUUGGUUAUAUAUGAGUAGAUUGAGCGCAUUGAAAGAAUUUGCAUUUAUGAAAGCUAUUUAUGACACCAAAUGCAUUCCAGUACCAAAACCAAUUGACUGCAAUAGACAUUGCGUACUCAUGGAGCACAUUAAGGGUUAUCCUUUAUAUCAAAUCAGAGAGAUGAAGCACCCAUUAUAUGUGUAUGAACAAUGUGUUGACCUACUUGUGAAAUUAGCUCAGUAUGGUCUGGUACAUGGUGACUUCAAUGAAUUCAACUUGUUAGUGAAACCAAAGAGCGAGAAGGUUGUAGUGAUUGAUUUUCCACAAAUGGUCUCCACUUCUCAUCCUAAUGCAGAAUUCUAUUUUAACAGAGAUUUGGAUUGCAUUUCCAGCUUCUUUGCAAAACGAUUUUCAAUUGUUAUCAAGCCAGAGGACGAAGAAUAUUCAAGGUUCCAUCCAAAACUAUCAGACAUAACCAAAGAAUACUCACUGGAUGUACACGUUGAGGCAAGCGGUUUUACAAAGGAGAAAGCAAAGGAAUUCGAUGAAAUUUUGAAAGAAAAGGAACAGGAAGAAAACGAAGAGUCGCAGAUUGUGAACGGUGAAUCGACAACUGAACAACCACAAGAAGGGCAGAUCACUGAAGAAAAGCCAAACGAUGAAGAGACUCAAGUUAUCAGUGAUGAAGAAUCUCCUUCUGUUGUCACUGGUACAAGCACCACAACUGCAAGACGAAAAAAGAAAAAAACAAUCACAGAGGAAGAUAUCAAGGAAAAAGUUAAAAGAGACUUCAAGAAGAAGCAAUACUCUCGUGCCAAAGACAUACAAACAGCAAAACGAAAUGCACAAAAAGGAAGAGAUACACAAAAGCUAAAGCAAAAAGUCAAAGAUUUUGACUAUUAA